AUGCCUAUCACCGAGGUCAUUUUUCACGCCUACAAGACUGACCCCCAAACCCUUGCUGGGUUGGGAAACAGUCAUGGUCACCUGGUUACAGCUUUCAGCGGGGUUGACGGCCUCAAGACACUAUUCAGAGGGCCACUACUGGAGCAAGACGGCGAGGCGAUAGGUCCUCAAAGCGGGAGAGAUGUACUCGCUAUCGAGUGGGAAAAAGAGGAGUUCUUCCAUCAAUUCUUCCCAGGGUCCGAGAAGUUCAAAGCCUUGUAUACCAAAAUGAAGGACUUUGCUGCCGCCCCAGCUCGUCCGGAGCUCUACGAAGCUACCAACAGAUCCACACUGUGUUUUUCUUCGGAGGUAACACAGAUUAUUAAAGUCAGAUCUGGCACAGGAACAGAGGCAGCAUGGAAGCGGCUAGAAGAAGUACUUUCAGCAUCUCCUGCUGGCAAACCAGCUCUCUACCACGCGAACGGUAUAGGAAAAGAAGAAGGUGGAUUUAUUGGUCUGAUCGGGUGGCAGAACUUGGAGCAUUACCAAACAGUUGGGAAACAAAACAGCAUCCUCGAGCUGAUUGAACACCUGAACAAGAAUGAAAAGGUCCAAAGUUCAAUUGCUAAGCUACAGCAAGUCGAUCUGGCUUGA